UUGGCGUUCAUUGUCUAUGGUGUAAUAUGGCGGUGUUUCGUUGAGAGAAUAUUUGAGCUUAUAUUUUGCUAAAUCGCAAUCAUGUCGGAGGAAAAAACUGAAGUGGAGACGUUUUUCGGAAGGUGUAGAUGUUGCCUCACGUAUGGCUAUCUAAAAAACAUGUGGUUAGAACAUAAAUACAAUGGAAAUCCGGAAAUAUACGGCGAAAUGCUUGCCAAAUGUUUUGCAUUGACUUGGGAUCACUCUGAGGAUUCAGUAGACCAGGACCAGAUAUGCGAGGACUGCAUCAUUCGACUGCGAGAUGCAUAUGACUUCAAAAAAGUGGUCUUGGACUCACAGGAGGAACUCACAAGGAUUUUGGAAGAUGAAAACCAAGCCACAAUCAAAGAAGAAAGACUUGAUGAACAGCUCUUAGCUGAACAUGGAGAUGAUGAUGACUAUGAUGAUAACAUAAGUAAUACGGAGACAGAAUACAUAACGUUCAAUAAUGAUACGAUGGAGAGCAUUAAGGAAGAGGCUCCGGAGACGGAGUAUACAGAUAUUGAAUACUUGGAGGAUGAAGUAGCCAAUAUAGCUAAGGCAGAAGAUAAUAGCGUGGCUGAAGAUGUGGCUAAGGAUAGCGGUGAUUCUGUUUCAGACUCGUCCCAAUCAUACAAACGGCCGACUCCAAGAAAGAAAAGAGCAAGGGUUUCUGAACCUGAAGAUGAUGACGAUGAGAGUAAACCAAAAAGAAAAUGGCCACCAAAGCUCCCUAAAUCUGAAAGACAUAAAACUUAUAAACAGUACUCGGAGACGGAUCUAAGGAAAUGCUUGGAAGAGGUCCGCAGUGGAUCCCUAACACCUGCUGAUGCGUCACUCCAAUACAAUAUACCGAAAAAGACUAUCUGCGCUAAACUCAAAAUGACUUCUACAGAUGUCCAGUGGAAUGACACUGCGAUGGAAGAGACCAAACAGAAAAGUAAGAUCGUAGUAGAAAAAUUCAAAGAAAACGUACGCACGAUUAUAAAGUGUACCAACGCGACGCCCAUCAAGGGACACUGGGGCAUCGGAUACGCUUGUCUCCACUGCCGAUAUCAGACCCCAGAUCCGAUCCAACUCAAAAAACACACAUUAACCACACAUUUCUCAAAUUCAGAACCCAUAGAAACCGUAAAAUAUGUCGCCGACAUGGUCCUUAGAAUCGACAUAACCGAUCUCAAAUGCGAAAUCUGUGAUCUGCCAAUAGAAAGCUUGAAAGACGUAAUGGAGCAUUUGAAGACCAAUCACCAUCAACCGAUGCAUUUGGAUAUACCCAAUCAUAUAAUCCCGUUCAAGUUUAAUAAUGAAUUUUUGAAAUGCGCCCUCUGUUCGAAGCAAUUUGAUUUUUUUAAGCACCUAUCUGAGCAUAUGACUGAGCAUUACUCUAACUAUGAAUGCGGUGAUUGCGGCAAACACUUUAUUAAUAAAAGGGCUUUAAGAACACACGCGAUAAGACAUCAGAAAGGCGUCUUUGUUUGCGCAUUUUGUCCGAAAAUCUUCGAUACACGAAUCAAAAUGAAAGAACAUGAACGAGUUUUACACAUGAAAGGCUCUAAAACAAGGAAAUGUGGAUACUGCGAUGAGAAAUUCAUGGAUACAGUUAGGAAAAAUGAUCAUGAAGUCAAAGUCCAUGGGGCUCCAAUACCCCAAUUUUCUUGCAAAGCGUGCGGCAAAACCUUUGACAGCCAACGCUCUUUGAAAUCCCAUACGAACCACUUCCAUCUCUUACUAAGACCACAUCAAUGCCCGGAAUGCGGUAAAGGGUUCUACAAUAAAAACGAAAUGAAGAGACAUAUAGUUAAACAUACAAAAUUGAAGGAGUACCAGUGCCAAAUAUGUUCAAAGUACUACGUGACGAGGACGUCUUUAAGGUCCCAUAUGAAAAUUCAUGCUAGUCAGCCUACGUAUACUUGUGAACGCUGUGGCGAUACGUUCAUACAGAAGAAAGCGUGGAUACAGCAUGUUACUAAGCAUGCUGAAGAGGCUAAAGGCGAUUUGGAAGCUAAUUGUAAUGAUAAUUGUAGCCAGGAUAGCAUUUUUGCUUAAAAAAAACAAACAACGUCACCCCUUUUAUCUCCGAAGGGGUAGGCAGAGGUGCAUAUUACGGCACGUAAUGCCGCUAUACAAUGUACACUCCACUUUUCACUAUAUGUGUUAUCAGUCCCAUGUAAUAGGAGGUGAGCCGAUUGCCAUAUGCUGGAUACAAUUCCAGAAUCCGUGCUACUACUGAGAUACUUUCCCUCAGAUUUCAAAUAAAAUUAGGCAAAAAUGGUUGGUCGAGUGGUCGCAAAUGCGACUGUCGGGCAAUGGGUCUCGAGUUCGAUUCCCGGGUCGGGCAAAGUAUUACUGGUUUUCUUUUCGGUUUUGCCAAAAUUUCUCAGUAGUAUCACGGUGUCUGGAAUUAUGCCCAGUAUAAUGGCAAUAGGCUCACUCCCUAUUACGUGGGACUUAUAUUGUACAGUGGCAUUAAGUGUCAUAAUGUGCAAGGCACCUCUCUCUACUUUUUCCUACUGUUUUCUGGUCAUACAAAAGAAAGCGUGGAUACAGCAUGUUACUAAGCAUGCUGAAGAGGCUAAAGGCGAUUUGGAAGCUAAUUGUAAUGAUAAUUGUAGCCAGAAUAGCAUUUUUGCUUAAAAAAAAACAAAUAACGUCACGCCUUUUAUCCCCGAAUGGAUAGGCAGAGUGCGCAUUACGGCACGUAAUGCCGCUAUACAAUGUACACUCCACUUUUCACUAUAUGUGUUAUCAGUCCCAUGUAAUAGGAGGUGAGCCGAUUGCCUUAUACUGGACACAAUUCCAGCGUCCGUGCUACUACUGAGAUACUUUCUCUCAGAUUUCAAAUGAAAUUAAGCAUAAAUGGUUGGUCGAAUGGUUGCAUGUGCGACUGCCGGCAUCCCCUAUGCCCGCAGUUCAUUCGAGUUCAAUUCCCGGGUCGGGCAAAGUAUUACUGGUUUUCAUUUCGGUUUUUCCAAAAUUUCUCAGUAGUAUCACGGAGUCUGGAAUUCUGCCCGGUAUAAUAUGGCAAUAAGCUCACCCCCUAUUACAUGGGACUUAUAUUGUACAGUGGCAUUAAGUGCCAUAAUGUGCAAGGCAUCUCUAACUACCCCUUUGGGGAUAAAGGGCGUGACGUGACGUUACUUUUUUAGUUUUUCCUACUCUUUUCUGGUCAUACAAAAGAAAGCGUGGAUACAGCAUGUUACUAAGCAUGCUGAGGAGGCUAAAGGCGAUUUGGAAGCUAAUUGUAAUGAUAAUUGUAGCCAGGAUAGCAUUUUUGCUUAAUUUGUGUAGAAAUCAAACCAUUUUUCUUACUUUUUCCUACUCUUUUCUCAUGUUACUUUAGGUCAGCGCGCGAUAUGUCUUCUUUAAUGGGGACUACUGUAUUUUUGCUCGCCAGAUGGGACACACCAUUAGAAGUUCAAUAUUUGACAGCCGCAGUGAUUGGACAAACAGACCUGUUACUAAAUUUGCACCAUCUGGUGAAAAAACAUGAUUGCUCACAUCCCCCCAUUCGUUGAGACCUACUGCUUUUGUGUUCACUAGUGGACCAGGGACCUAGUGCGAGUAUCUUUUACGGGUAACGCGAUGGAAAUGUUUCCGCGUUUAGCCCUCUUAAUUGGUUGGCUAAAUUGGAGUAGCCAAUCAGAGGUGUAAAUGAAUCGGGAAGUCUUGUUUAUCCAAUCACUGUAGCUAUCAAAAAUUUAAUGUGCAGUGGUUUGAUACAAACCAAUUCUCUAUUCUGGAGCUAAUGAAUACCAAGCGGGUUACCGGGGCUCCGGCUCAAAAAGCAGGAGUAGGAACGGGGUGGUUUUUAGUCAGUAAGAGUCUGCCACUCCCUCUCGCCUCGCCCAAGGUGGAAGAGGUCAUUGGAUGAUUUUUUCCCCUCAAAAAGAUAAUUCUCUAUUGGACCUCACGCUACACUAGCGCUAUCUGCUAAAAAAAGAAACAGUAACUCUUAUUAUUAUGUGUGAUAUCAAAUAAAUGUGUUUUUGCAUAA